AUGGCCAACACCACUGUACAUUCCCAUCCCGCACGGCCCAGCCUAGUGGACACAACCGCCGAGAAAGAGCCGGGGUCCAAACCCCUAGUCCACUCCGGCGGGACGUUCCCAGCCCCCACCCCUAGGCGCGCUCCCUCCCAAACGCAGGACCGAAGUCCCUUGCGCCGGAACAUAACCUCUCUCCCGCCCACCUUGGAGAUAGCCCCGCCCACUCCGCUCCUCCCGCCUUCGGAAGGGUUUCUGCCUUGGCAGUUAUCACGGACUGUGUGUUUCACCCAUGACACAGGGUGCCCCUGGCACACUAACGGGGUCCUGAAAAACCCAAUUAUGGAACUGAAGCAAAGGGAAUUCCACUUCGCACGAAUGAGCGCGGUUUCCCACGGCCUCACGGCAGCUUGCGCAGAGAGCGGCCGCCAGGGGGCGAUGGUUGGCUCAUGGCGUGUCCUCCCCAAGCCCGGCCCCCGGCGGCGCCCUCUAAACACGUCCUUCCGCCCGAUUCCUCCUCUUUUCUCUUGUCCUCCAUCCUAUGUGCGGCUGGAUUUGAUUGUCGCCAUGGCCUUUUCCAGAGGCGAUGGAGUUGGGCCACGGCUCCAGUCCGAGGGCCUGGCGGGAAGCGAGCGACUUGGGGAGGGGCAGGCUGCGCCGGCCCCGCGAGGUCCGAAGGGGCGCUCUGCUCCAGGCCACUGCUCAGGCGGGCAGGGAUUCCCGUUUUUCCCGGAGCGAACUCUGUUUCGGGGGCAAGAGAAGUCGAGGGGGUACCCCAGAAAUCGUGGCCUGACUUCGGGCUGCCUGCGACACGCGGGAUGUUCCUGGCAUCGAAAAGGCAAUUCUUCUCACAAGACUUUCAGGAUCAAGCGAUUCCUGGCCAAGAAACAAAAGCAGAAUCGUCCCAUUCCCCAAUGGAUUCGAAUGAAAACUGGUAAUAAAAUCAGGUACAACUCUAAGAGAAGACAUUGGAGAAGAACCAAGCUGGGUCUAUAA